GGAGGAGUUAUGGCAGGGGUCGCGGCGGAGGCAGCCGCCGCCGCCUGGGAGUUCCACCUGCCUUUAGCCCCCACCGACCUGCGGCGGGAUGACGGCCGUGGGGGCUACGUCGUGCAGAAGGUGGUGUCUGCCCGGGAGCUGCCGCCCGCCCUCACAGCCUUCCGGACUGCCUUCCGGGCGCGGGGCGCGCUGGCGGUGCUGCAGCACUUCGACUCCCUCUACAGUCUGCUCCACCACUUCCAAGCUGUGGAAACUGCUGUGAGGGAGGAUGGCCUGGAACUCAUGAUGCAGGUGGUGUCUCAUCAUUCUAAGGAACUUCCUGCCAUCUUGGGUGGCGCUGGGCUGAGCCAGGCAGACCGCACUGCUCACCUCAACACUCUCAAGAUGAACUGCUACUUGCUGACUGGCCUGGUGGAUGCCUUUGAAAUGGAAACCAGUAGCAGUGCUUUGUUGGAGGUGGAUCCUAGUGGGAAGAACAAGAAGAACCGUACCAAGAUCUCUGGAUCCUUGUGGGAAGAGGAGAGGGAGCCACUCUUACGGCUGCUCACGCAGCUGCUGCAGCUGGAUCUCCGUCAGCUUUGGGGUGGUUUGGUGGUGGAAGAAGACUUUGUCAGCUUAGUGACAGGAAGCUGCUACCGUAUCCUGGAGAAUUCAAGUAUUGGUCUUCAGAAGUACCGGGCCACGCGGGAGGCUGUGACACAUCUGCUUACUGCAGCUCUGAUUCACUACAAUCACAUGUUCAGUGCCACUCUGAAGAUCACACAGAUGCUGCACCACUUUGAACAUGUAGCCACAGUGUUUGCACGGGCUGUGAGCCUCUGGGCUACAGAGUAUGGUCUGAAAAGCCUGGUGGGCGAAUUGCUAAGAGAAAUCGGACAGAAACAUCAGCAGGAUCUGGCUCGUGAUGCUUCUGGAGUCAAGGGUUAUGCUGUCUUUAUAACUGAACUGGCUGAACAGAUUCCAGCUCUGGUGCUAUCCCACAUAAGUGUUCUCCUGCAUCACUUGGAUGGGGAGAGUUACAUGAUGCGAAACGCCGUUCUGGCAGCUAUGGCAGAAGUGCUGGUGCAGGUGCUGAAUGGUGACCAGCUGGAGGAAGCUGCCCGUGGUACUCGGGACCAGUUCCUGAAUAUGCUGCAGGCCCAUGUCUGUGAUGUCCACAGCUUUGUGCGCAGCCGUGUGCUGCAGCUUUUCACUCGAAUCGUUCAGUGCAAGGCCCUGCCGUUGACUCAGUUCCAGUCUGUUGUAUCACUGGCUGUUGGGCGUCUCAAGGACAAAUCUGUGAUAGUGGUUAAAAAUGCGAUUCAGCUCCUGGCUGCGUUUUUGUCCAACAAUCCCUUCUCCUGCAAGCUAAGCUGUACUGACUUGACUGAACCACUGAAUAAAGAGGUGCAAAAGCUGCAAGAAAUGAGGGCCCAUGCCAGAUCCACAGCAGCUCCAGCGAUUGCCCCAGAGGAAGAGUGGGAAGCGAUGCUGCCAGAAGUUAGGGCUGCCACACAGCAGCUCUUUCAACCACUGCAGGAAGGGGAAGAGGAGGAGCUGGAAGUUGAGGAAACGGUGGAGAGUACACUGGAGAAAAUCACUGGCUUGCUGAGGAAGCUGAAUUACAGGAGCGCAGCCUGCCUUACGCAGAAGGCCCUGUGUCGCUUCCAGGGGAAGGAGCCCUUCAGUGGCCCUGCAGAGGAAAACAAGGAGGUGGCAAUCCUGGGUGUUCUGAAGAGAAUUUACACAGGUUCAUGCCUAGGUGAGAAGAGUGAGGAUCCUCCACGUGACAAGACUGAAGAAGUUGUGCUGGAAGAGCAAUGUCAAACAGAGCUGGUCAAACAGAAGAUGUUGGUGCAGUACCUACAAGAUGCUUACAACUUCUCAGCGAAAAUCACAGAAGCCCUGGGCUUGAUCAGCAAGAUGAUGUAUGAAAACUGUGUCUCAGUGGUGCAGGAAGCCAUUGAGUUCUUUGUGACAGUCUCAAAGUUUGAUGUGCCCCAGGCACUGCUCGGAGUCCGCAGGAUGCUCCCCCUCAUAUGGUCAAAAGACCCUGCUAUUAAGGAGGCUGUGCUGAAUGCCUACAGGCAGCUCUAUCUGAAUCCCAGCGGGGAUUCCGAGAGGGCCAGGGCCCAGGGCCUUGUGCAUUCUCUCUCUCUCAUCAUGGUGGAUGCAUCAUUAGGAACGAUACAGUGCUUAGAAGAAAUAAUCUCGGAAUUUGUGGAGAAGGAUGAAAUAAAGCCUGCUGUGAUCCAGCUGCUUUGGGAGCAAUUCACAGAAAAAUCUCAGUGCUCGUUGCUAGAACGACGUGCUGCUAUGAUGCUGCUGGGGAUGAUGGCACGAAGGAAGCCAGAGAUCAUAGGCAGCAACCUGGAUGUCUUGGUGACAGUAGGGCUGUCUGAGAAGCUAUGUGAAGACUAUCGCCUGGCUCAAGAAGUCUGCAAUGCCAUCUCCAGACUGGCCUGUAACCCUAAGCCAGCACUAGGGAAGAACAGUGCACCUUUUCGGCUGCCACAGAACCACAUGCUCUUUGAUUGCUUGAGUGAGACUGUGAGUAAAGGCUUUGGCCAGCCGAGCGCUCACUGGAUCCCCUUCAUGGAGGCAGCAGUAAUGCUCAUCUACCAGCUAGCAGAAGGGGCAGAGGAGAUCUGUGCUCACAUCCUGCAGGUGUGCAGUCAGCAAGCUCUGGACAAACUGCAGGAGGCUGACAGGCAGAAGGCUGAUCCAGAGGUUUCUCCCAGCAGAGUCUCUGAUGAUGCUAGCAGUCUCCCCACAUUCCUGCUGGUGCAUCUGGUGUCCCUUGUAGGACAGGUGGCACUGCAGCAAGUAGCAUAUUUGGAAGUGUCAGUGAGUGCAGAGCUACGUCGACGUCGCAUCCUCAGAGAGGAGAAGACCAAGAAGCAUUCUGGGAACAGCGUGAAGAGGCAGAGACCCCAGAGCAUGGGAAAGGAGACCACUAUGGAGGAAGAGCUGGGCCUCGUGGGUGCCUUAGCCGAUGACACAGAGGCUGAGCUCAUCCGCAGUAUUUGUGAGACAGAACUUCUAGAUGGGAAGCACCUGUUCUCUGCCUUUGUUCCACUUGUGCUCAAAAUCUGCAGCAACCCUGGGCUCUACAGUGAUUCGUCGCUCUCAGCUGCUGCAGCUCUGAGUCUUGGCAAAUUCUGCAUGAUCAGCUCUGAGUUCUGUGACUCCCACUUGCGCCUGCUGUUCACUCUGAUGGAGAAGUCCCCUCUGCCUGCUGUGAGAUCCAACCUCAUUAUUGCAGCAGGAGAUCUGGCCAUCCGUUUCCCCAACCUGGUGGAGCCUUGGGCAUCACAUCUCUAUGCCAGGUUGCGGGACCCCUGCCCAAGUGUGAGGGAAACAGCUGGACUGGUGAUGACUCACCUCAUCCUCAAAGACAUGGUAAAGGUGAAGGGCCAAGUGAGCGAAAUGGCCACUCUGCUUAUAGAUCCAGAGAAAGCAAUCAUGGGAGUGGCUCAGUACUUUUUCAGUGAACUCUCCAACAAGGGUAAUGCCAUCUAUAACCUGCUUCCAGACAUAAUCAGUCAUCUCUCAGAUCCUAACUGCAGCAUAGAAGAAGAAUCCUUCCACACUAUUAUGAGACAUCUCUUCUUAUAUAUUACAAAAGACAGACAGACAGAGAGCUUGGUGGAGAAACUUUGUCAACGUUUCCGGACUGCCAGAACUGAGCGUCAGUAUCGGGAUCUGUCCUACUGCCUUACUCUGCUUCCCCUCUCGGAUCGGGGCCUUCACAAGCUGCAGGACAACUUUGACUGCUUUGCAGACAAGCUCCAAGACCCAAUCAUCUACGGUUAUUUCCAAACUGUGCUGGCUCGAUUCCGCAGAGCAGGCAGCAAACCUGAGACUAAAGUAAGGAUCGGGGCCAAGUGUCCAGGCCAGGAAAACAAUUGCUUUUUACACACGGUGAUUGGAAAGCCCUGCAGUUCUCCAUUUUAAGCAGGCUACUCCUCACCCCCAACAAUAUCAGAGAACUUGAUGGCAAUCUGAUAUGGAUAUAUGGAUAUAACACCUCUCUUCUCUCCCUCUCUCUUC